UCAGAAAGCAGAACAWCCACAAACCCCUUCAGUGUUAGGAGGGUAAGGAGUCUACAAGUUCCCUGGCCUGUKAUCACGCUUGUUUGAACAUCGCAAUUGAGCAGAACAGGGGAGCAGCGACAAGACAUGCCUGUGCCAGUACCAAAACCACGGGCACGGUACAAGCGGGCUGGCGGGAGCUUACAGAGCCAGCUCUCUUCUGAGAGGGAUUUUCUAUGUGAUAAACCAGAUCCAGCAGCAACUACAGAAAAUCCUAGCAAAGGUAUUCCACCCACAAAUGAUUUGCUGGUAGAAAGUGAAGACAACCAUGCCAUUAUCCUAAAUAAACCUCCAUUCAGCCCUGCCAUCYCCAGCCCAGCUAAUGAGAAUCAAAGCCAGCAUAACUUCCCUCUCUUCAGAUCUGAUUCUGGAGUGACUCUGUCUUGCCCAUUAUUGGGCAGUAGUGAUCCAGAUGGACUCCACGACAGAUCUGCCUGGUCAUCCACCCCUCCAUGCAGUUCUGCUGCAGAUUAUGACCCUGAUAUCACUGUAGUAGCUGACUGGGCAAAAGACCUUGGAUCGGAAUCUUCCAAUGAUGAUGAUGCCGUUACUGGAGAAAUAAAGAACCCACCUCAGAUGAACAAUGUGGUGUCAAGGCAGGUUGGUGUUGUCCCCAAUGGAGAAAUCCCUCAGCCUCCUGUGGAACAGGCGUCUAUGCAGACCAGACCAAUCAAACAAAAGACCCCACGUGCUGCCACCAUCCGCGUCAGCAGGAGAAAGCAGGCAGCAGCGAGUGGUGGUGGUGCCCAGAUAGCAGAGUCCUCUCGUAGGGAGAGUGUCGUGUCCAGAUCCAGCUGGCUGGAUGUAUGGAAGGGACGCAGGCACAAUGUUCUGUGGGCCACCCUGGAUGGACCGUUGGUAUCACUAUGGAAGAAACGCACAGACAAGUUCACAGACAUAGUGUUCCACGUGUCAAGCAUCACCGACGUCCGUAAGCAGGAGAAAGGACGCUUCUCCAUUUACUUCAGCARGAAACACUUUGAGUUCAUGGCACACAACAAAGAGGUGCAGGAGGGCUGGGUGACUUCCCUCCUGGCUUCUCGUGGACGGGACGCCCCAGUCCCUCCGGAGCAGCAUGGAGCCCUGACCAUGAAGAACCCUCGCAGYAGCAGAGUGUACGCUGCCAUCUGUGGACACAACCUAUGGAUCUACAACAAUAAAGAGGACUUCCAGUUGGGGGUUGGGAUGACCUUUGUGUCCAUGAACGUGGCGUCAGUGAAGCAGACUGGCCGUCAUAACUUCAGCCUCAUCACACCGUACAAAACCUUCAAUUUCUCCACAGACUCGUUGAGGGAGCUGGGCGUGUGGCUGGGGAGCCUGACCCAGGUGAUCCGCAGUGCCCUGUCAUGCAGCGAGGUGGCCGAGCGACUCUGGGYCAGCCCWUGGAACAAAGUGUGUGCCGACUGUGGCUGUGCCAACCCUGAGUGGGCCUCAGUCAACCUGCUGGYGGUCRUCUGUGAGGCCUGUGCAGGCCAGCAUCGGUCUUUGGGCAUACACGUGUCCAAAGUGAGAAGCCUGAAGUUGGACAUUAAAGUGUGGACYGAACCUCUGAUUCUGCUCUUUGUCCAUUAUGGRAACAAAGCAGCCAAUGAWGUGUGGGCUCACAACGUGCCGGGUGCAGAGCAGAUCCUGCCGGACUCCUCUGUGGAUCAGAGGGGGGAGUUCAUUAGGGCCAAGUACACCAAGGGCCGAUACAGACGGACCCAUCCSUUAGCCUCCAGCCAGAACCUGCUCAACAAGAGGCUGUGUGAGAUAGUGUGUGGCCCUAACGUCCCAGAGACCAUGUCCCUGCUGUGCUCGGGGGCGCGGGUCCUGUGCCACUCAGGGGACCCUCAAUGCUCCUCACCCAUCUCACUGGCAGAGCGGGCUGGACAGGCCAUGCAGACUGAGCUCCUCAGACACAACGAGUACACAGAGGCCCCUGCCUAUGCUCAUCAGAAGCCCAGCAGAGACCCUGCUACCUCGGUCCCCUUGUCUGCUGCAGGAGAGGAGCUCCAUGGGAAGUUGGAGGAGGACCGYUUCCUGUUCUCCCAGGAGAAUGACUCUGCUGCCUGUGAUGUUCUGGACCUGAGGGAGGUCAUCUCCAUCUUCGACUGCUCCAACGGACCAACUCAUGCGUUUGAGAUGGUGACUCUGACGGACCAGUUGCUGUGCAGUUCGGAUACAGAAGAUGGUUUACUUGUACACCUUCUCCAUAUUCUCAAGGUGGUGUUGCCCGGGCCCAUAGAUGAGGAGGUGCUGGACAGGGGGUUUGCUAUGUCCCGGGUGUCUCUCAGGGAGGGAGGAGGCCUGCAGCACAACGAGGUYUGGGCAGUGCUCCGUGGAGGUCAGGUYCUCAUCUWUCCUACUGACCAGCAGCGCCACAGAGAAAGGCUAACACUCAACCUCGAGACGCAAUACAAGAUAGAUUCCUCUGAGAACACCAUAGAGCUGGUCACUGGAGAGAGAACCAUGUCCAUGCAGUUUGAACGAGACCACAGCUGUCAGUCCUGGCACAGCCUACUGAAACRGGCAGUGACCACARAGAGGAAGCUGUACCAGCUGCCCCCCAACGUCAUUGGCAAUGUGCCCCCUGCCAUCGAGAGGUGUAUCUCGCACAUCACACAAUAUGGUUUAAAGGUGGAUGGGCUGUACCGGCGCUGUGGCUUGGCCACAAAGAUCAGUUGUCUGGUGGAGGCCCUCUGCAGUUCACCUACAACUACCCCUCUGGACACAGACGAAGAGGGUCUCCUGGACGCUGCAGGGGCCCUGAAGCAGUAUGUCCGCCAGCAGGUGGUGCUCAUCCCAGAAACACACAGGAAACUAUGGGUKGAGGCUGCAGCUCACACAGAAGAGACCUUUAGACUGGCUACCUACCGCGGACUMCUGAAGAAGCUGCCCUCUGACAACAGAAUCACACUCAACGCCCUCUGCGGACACUUCUACAUAGUUCAGCAGUAUAGUACAGAGAACCGUAUGACAGCUCAGAACCUGGCGCUGGUGUUUGUCCCCACACUAUUCCCGGAGCUGGCCACGAACACUGACAUGGUGCAGCUCACCAGAGAGCUCAUUAUCCACCACACACUCCUCUUCCUGGGUAAAGAAGAGGAGUCUGACAUGGAGAGUGAAGAACUAAUAACUAAAUUAUAGAAGAAAUAUACAGUACCAGUCAAAAGUUUGGGCACACCUACUCAUUCCAGGGUUUUUCUUUUUUUGUACU